AUGCCAAGUGACCGUAAGAUCGAUAUGGGUGCUUGCCAAGCAGCGCGCCGCGUAUACGUGUCCAAGAAGCGCGCGGUGUGCCACCGCCGCAAGGAACUCUGCACCGGAAUUAUGGUACUACCAGCUCUGGUUAUAGCGCUGAUCGGCCUCGUGGCCUUUGAUAUCAUUAUGGAGACCAACAUCCUGGCGCGCGUACCGGCCGCGGUGCUGUCUAGUGCCAAGAUCUGUACCCCCACAGUCGUGAACGCCAGCAACAUCGAGUACCAUACAAGCCACAAAUACUACGAAGAACUGAAGAAGAUGACAGUACCCGUUCCAGUCUUCCGAGACGAGCACACGAAGCUGUGCGACAAGAAGAAGAGGAAGACCGUGAAAUACGAGUACUGCCUGCCCAUUGCCGGUCGGAAAGACACGCCGUUUUGCGCGGCGGCGGACCGGACGGACCUCCUGAGCUUACGCUCUGCUAAGUCCAUCUGCUACGCUAGUGUACUGCACAUGCUUCUCGUGGAGGUCUACGAAGAGCUCCAGGCCAGAGGGAACAUCCCGUUCUUAGCGUUCGGAUCGCUACUGGGAGCCGUACGCAACGGUUCCAUGAUCCCGUUCACGGAAGACGUCGACAUUGGCUUUGUGGGCGAGAUGAGCACCCCGGACGCCGUGAAGCUCGCAUUAAGGAAGAAGGGCUAUCACAUGUUCUUCAUGGACAUUUGGCGCGUCUGUGUGGCGCCAACGCAUCCGUUGGCGGGACAUCUUUACGACCCGAACUUGCCCGUUUCUGACAAUUAUGCUGUGCCGUACGUGGACCUGUACAUGAUGAAGCAGCAGGACGACGGAGACUGGGAUCUAGAGGAGCUGAACGGAACCAAUGGACGCAUCCUCCCUUAUAAUAAGGUGCAACCGUUCUCCCAAGUGACGAUCAAUGGAGUGCCGUUCGACACAGUCAAAGACCCUCAUUUCUUCUUGACUGAGGCGUACAGUGACGACUACAUGACGCCCAAGCCGAGAGAGGAGUAA